AUGCGCAGCCGAUCAUCAAAACCUAAAACCUCAGCAACUCGCUUACAAAAUAAGCGGGUUUUGGUGGCGAGAGCUGCUGUCUGUAUUAUUCAACAAUUAGGGACGCGGGCGCCCUUUCGAUUUGGUUAAUGACAGAUAUAUCGACAAUAUCAGACACCGGAUACCACUGCCGAGGAAUUGUUUGAUAUAUUUUGGAAUCAUUAUUUGAGCAGACUGAAAGCAGAAUAAUUAGAAUAUUAUGGCACCAGUCCGUUGGCGGCCAUAGAUCUAGAGCAGAGCGUAUUCUGAGGCCCAUGUCUCUUCUCUGGAAGCCCUAGAACCAGUGUCAUCCUCCUCCUCUUCUGUUGGUGGUGGCUUCCCCUGUAGGACCAUGUCGGCAGCACAGACUCAGAAGGACGGUGAAGGCCCCUGGGGACUGGAUUCCCUGGGCCUGAGCCAGAGAGAGUUGGUUAUGGCUGAAGCUCUACAGAUGGAGUAUGAUGCCCUGUCAAGACUUAAACAGGACAAGGGUGGGGACAGCCAGGGGACCAGCUGCCAGGGGGUUGGGAAGUUACCUACGCUACCCCCUAGGGAGGGCCAGAGCCAGAUCGAUCGCCCCCUCCCACCCUGCCCCAGCCCUCUUCCUCCAGGAGGGAGUUUGCUAAGAGGGCUGUCUGGUUCGGACCCAUUCCUCAACCACCUUCAGCCUGGGGGGUCCCACUCCCCACGUCCCUCCCCAACCAGGGCCACUCCUCCUCUGGGAAGCUACAGCAAAGAGCCCCUCUAUAUCCUGGAGAGUUCAGGGAAGGGGGACUACCUGAACUCCAGCUAUGGGCACUCAGGGUCUAGCUAUGGUCCUCCUCUGACUCUGCUUAAAGGCUUCCCCCCUCCUCCGGAUGACCCUCCUCCUGCUGUACCCCCAAGGACCCCUCUACCCCCCUCCACUGAGCCCUUCCCACCCUCCCGACGCACUGUGGCGCCCCGGGAUGUCAACCUGUUCACCCCUGAGGUAGACCAGCCCAAACUGUCGUCAGGGGAGAUGCACAACUACGAGAGCCUCAACGAUGCCCUCUCCAAGCUCAAUGGGGAUUGGCUGGCGCCAAGGGGUAGGCGGGCCAACGGGGACCAAUCAGGGAAGCCGGUGGCUCGGAGUAAGACCCUCCCCCCUCAGGUGCCCCCCCGCACUUACGUACCUAUCCAGAAGAGCAACAAGAACCAGCGCAGAGUGUCGGCCGACCCGGUGUCUCUUGCCCCCAGGCUUAAUGGUUUCGGCUAUGAGCUCUUCCAGGUGUCGGAGGAAAGAGAUGAGGAGGUGGCCGCCUUCUGUCACAUGCUCGACGUGUUGCGGUCGGCGUAUCCAAGCAGCGACCCCUCUAACAACUCUGGGUUUGUGUGGUCGCCUUCAGUGGGGCCUGAAGAGUUGCAACAGGGGUUAGGGGUCAGCGUCAAAGUUACGGUCAUCAGCGACCACAUCAGAGAACCACUCACCUUCACCUGUGAUGGGUCAUCUACUGUGGACUUGUUGAUCUACCAGACGUUGUGUUAUGCUAAUGAGGACCUGGACCACAUCGACGUCGACCACUACCUGCUCAAGGUCUGCGGUCAAGCUGAGUUCCUAGAGAAUUCCCAGACGUUGGCAGAGUUGGAGUAUAUCCAGCUGUGUCUGAAGUUUGACUGGGACAUCCGUCUUUUCCUUACCAAGAGAGGCUCUGUCAACACAGAACUGGGCCGCACGGAGGAUGAUGAUGACACGCCCUCUACGAUGAACCACGGCAUUCUGCUGCAGGAACGACCAAUCAGACAGACCGUUACUAGAGAGGCUUUGACUCUGCUCCUGGAUACCUUUCACAACGAGGCUGAGUCCUUUCUACUAUCAGAGGUGGAGCUUGUGUUGCAUGUGGAACGGUUGGUCCAAUCAGUGAAGGCUCUCUGCAGCUCGCUGGCUGCCGUGGAAACGCCUGACAUCACUUCUGCCCUCAACCAGCUCCCAGCAUGCCCCUGUCGUCUGCAACCUAGAGUCCAGAAGGAUCCGUCACUGCUGGCCAUCAAAGAGAACAGAGAGAAAGUGGUGGAGAAGCUGACGGCAGCCAUUUUGGAUCUGGUGGAGCUGUACUGUAGCACGUUCAAUGCUAACUUCCACACCACGGUGCAGAGCAACCGGCACACGUCACCCACACAGGAAGCAGGCCUGGUCACCAACGUCCUGUCUUUCAGCGUCUACGCUGCACAUCGCAUCCCCAUCACAUGGGCUGCCAGCUACGAGGGCUUCUUCCUGUCAUGCUCUCUGACCCAUGGAGGGGCGGAACUUUGUGCCCCGCAGCACACCAGCAAACAGCAGGUCAGCAAGUACCUGUUUCACCUGGUGGUCUGGGACCAGAGGGUGUGUUUGCCAGUGCAGAUUAACCAGUUGCCAAGGGAGACCCAGCUGACGGUGACUCUGUAUGCCAGCGCUCUACCACCCCCUGGAGGUGCGGAGGAGAAGGGCAGCAAGCAGCGGAGGAGCAUCGACUCUCUGGGCUGGGUCACCAUGCCCCUCUUCAACUUCAGACACAUCCUGACGUGUGGGAGGAAGCUACUGGGUCUGUGGCCUGCCACCCCAGGAAGUAACACUCGCUCCAGCUCCCCCAACUUCAGCCAGCCUGACAGCGUCAUCCUGCAGGUGGACUUUCCCACGUCGUCGUUUGAGGUGCGCUUUAGCACCCCCCCUCCCGCAGAGUUCAGUCCCCAGUAUGACUUCUCCAGACUCGACCAGCACAGCCAGAGACAACUGCAGGAUGUACUGCACAAGAAAUCACUCUUCUGGUUGACUCCAGAGGACAAGCGUCUGUUGUGGGAGAAACGUUCGUUCUGCCAGUCAGAGAGUGGUGCCCUGCCCCUGGUGCUGGCUAGUGCCCCCCGCUGGGAGUGGGCAUGCCUGUCAGAUAUCUAUGCCCUGCUCCGCCAGUGGGCAUGUCUCAACCACCACGACGCACUGGGCCUUCUGCAUGCCACCUUCCCUGAUCAGGAGCUGAGGCGUACUGCAGUGCAGUGGAUGGACACCAUCUCUGACCCUGAGCUGCUGGACUUCCUGCCGCAACUGGUGCAGGCUCUGAAAUAUGAGUGUUACCUUGAUAGCCCGUUGGUACGUUUCCUGCUACGGAGAGCCAUAGGGGACAUGCGCAUCGCGCACUACCUCUUCUGGUUGUUGAAGGACACUCUGCAGGACAGUCAGUUCAGUGGGAGGUACCAGCACCUGUUAGCAGGCCUGCUGUGCUGUGUGGGUCGGGGACUCAGGGAGGAGUUUGACAGACAGUGCUGGCUGGUCACCAUCCUGGCUAAAGUAGCCCAACGUGUCCGGGACACCUCUCCCUCCAGCAGGCAGGCCAUCCUUCGGGAGGGACUGGAGGAGGUCAGGCAGUUCUUCUCAGUCAGCAGCAGCUGCCGUCUCCCCCUCAACCCUGGCAUGCUGGUCAAAGCCGUCAACAUACAGUCGUGUUCCUACUUCAACUCCAAUGCCGUGCCCCUCAAACUGUCCUUCCAGAACCUGGACCCUCGAGGAGACAACAUCAACGUCAUCUUCAAGUCAGGUGAUGACCUGCGCCAGGACAUGCUGACCUUGCAGAUCAUCCGCAUCAUGAACAAGAUCUGGAUCCAGGAGGGACUGGACAUGAGGAUGGUCAUCUUCAGAUGCUUCUCUACUGGACGGGGCAGAGGUAUGGUGGAGAUGAUUCCCCAGGCUGAGACUCUGAGGAAGAUCCAGGGGGAACACGGAGUGACUGGUUCCUUUAAGGACCGCCCCCUGGCUGACUGGCUACAGAAACACAACCCUACAGAGGAUGAGUACGAGAAGGCUGUGGAGAACUUCAUUUACUCGUGCGCAGGCUGCUGCGUGGCCACCUACAUCCUGGGUAUCUGUGACCGCCACAACGACAACAUCAUGCUGAAGACCAGCGGUCACAUGUUCCACAUCGACUUCGGCAAGUUCCUGGGACAUGCACAAAUGUUUGGCAACAUCAAACGGGACCGUGCUCCGUUUGUGUUCACCUCUGACAUGGCCUACGUCAUCAACGGAGGAGACAAACCUUCCAGUCGCUUCCAUGACUUUGUGGACCUGUGCUGUGAGGCCUACAACCUCAUCCGCAAACACGCACACCUCUUCCUCAACCUACUGGGACUGAUGUUGUCGUGUGGCAUCCCUGAGCUGUCCGACCUGGAUGAUCUGAAGUACGUCUACGACGCGCUGAGACCUCACGAGUCUGAGGCUGACGCCACCAUGUACUUCACCAGGUUGAUAGAGUCCAGUCUGGGCAGUGUUGCCACUAAGUUGAACUUCUUCAUCCACAACUUGGCUCAGAUGAAGUUUGCCUCAUCCGAGGAGCGUCCUGUGCUCUCCUUCGCCCCAAGGGUUUACACCCUCAAGACUGACGGACUCAUCCGCAACCUCUUUGUCUGCCGACACAUACGAACCUACAGCCCCAGCAAAGGAUACGCUUUUGUGGUGAAGGUGGAGCGGGAAGGCCAGCAGGGGUCAGUGUUGGUCCAGAGGAGCUUUGAGGAGUUCUAUGAACUACACAGUAAACUACGCCUCAUCUUCCCCUCAUCCAAACUACCCAGUUUCCCCAGCCGCUUUUUGAUUGGGCGGUCUCGAGGAGAGGCGAUGGCUGACAGGAGGAAAGACGAGCUGAACGGAUACGUCUGGCAUCUGGUGCACGCUGCGCCAGAGGUCGCCCAGUGUGACCUCAUCUACACUUUCUUCCAUCCUCUGCAAAGAGACGAGAAACCUGGAACAGUGGUGAACACACUGCAGAGCAAACCUGCAGAGAUCUGUUGGGGUCUAGUCUCAGGCAAAGUGGUAGGAGAGGUCAAGCUCUCCAUCUCCUAUAAGAGUGACAAGCUCUUCAUCAUGGUCAUGCACAUACGAGGCCUGCAACCCUUGCAGGAUGGGACAGACCCUGACCCCUACGUCAAGCUGUACCUCCUCCCAGACCCCCAGAAAACCGGCAAGAGGAAGACCAAGGCUGCGAGACGCACCUGCAACCCCACCUACAACGAGAUGCUGGUGUAUGACCGUAUCCCUCGUGGGGACCUGCAGCAGAGGGUGAUCCACCUGCGGGUGCUGGGGGAGGGUGCGUUCUGGGAAAACACCCUGCUGGGCGAGGCCUUCAUCCCCCUGAAGACCCUGACAGCCGGGCAGUGCUGGGCAGACUGGCACCAGCUGGGCACGCCCAGCACCGACUCCACACGCUAAGAAUGAGGGUCGGAGGUGGAGGGUGAGAGGGAGAGUGGAACGACUGAUCAGGUUGUGCGUGCACACAGGUGUACGUGAGUGCGUUCAGUUGUUAUGGUCAGAGUUGUCCAGCUUCUCGGGCUGGUUUAUUCCCCCAGUGGGGGUGUGUGUGAACCCGUAUCCUGCCCAGGUGGGAUGUGUGUGUCCUAUGUAGGUUUGAGGUGUGUUUGUGUGUCUGUAGACUCAUUGACUCAUUCGCUCCCGAGUGGCGCAGCUGUCUGAGGCACUGCAUCUCAGUGCAAGAGGCGUCACUAUGGUCCCUGGUUUGAAUCCAGGCUUGUAUCACAUCCGGCCAUGAUUGAGAGACCCAUAGGGUGGCGCGUAGUUGGCCCAGCGUUGUCCGGGUUUGGCCGGGGUAGGCCAUCAUUGUAAAUAAGAAUUUGUCCUUAACUGACUUGCCUAGUUAAAUGAAGGUUAAAUUAAAAAAUAUAUAUAAUUGACGGUCAAUCGUCACUGGACACUGUAUCCAUGGGACUGUACUGGACUGUAUGGACCCACUUUAAGACUCUCUGAUCAGCAUAAGAAGGGACAACUGGGGCAUGUGAAGAUAACCAGUCUGUUCUUCUCAGUGACUCUGACUUCCAGAAGACUUUCCUCUGGUAACAACAUGGCCUCCCAAGACCAGGCAGCACGGGGGACCAGUGGGAGGAAGCAGAGGGCAUUGUUACUCUGUGAAAACAUGGACCGCUUCUUUCCCCUUUAUCUAGGGGCAACAGAGAGACGUCCAUCUUACCGCCUGGCGAAAAAGACUUUGAAACGGGUCUGGUCCCCUCCAAAGUCCUGUCUUUUAAAAGACUUUGAAACGGGUCUGGUCCCCUCCAAAGUCCUGUCUUUUAAAAGAGAACCGUAAGUUAUUUAUUUUUCAAGCGUUACCCUUCUGUUAGUGCCGCUCCAUUUCGAGCUCUGUUUGGUUGUGUGUGUGUGUGUGUGUGUGUGUGUGUGUGUGUGUGUGUGUGUGUGUGUAAAUGAUUUUGAUUUCUGUGUGUACCCCAGAUGUAUGCAGAUCGUGAUAUGUGAAUGAUGUUGGAUCCAGUCCUUCUGAUUUGAGAGAGAGAGAGGGCGUAGAUGCUUUUGUGUCAUUGUGGGGUAGAGAUGUACAGUACCAACCGGACCUGCCUAUGGUUUGGGUCCUCCCUAACACAUUUUAAAGACUCACGUGACUUUCGUCCACUCAGCCUGAUUCAGUAGCUCCUCUGCAUUAGAACUUGUUGGAGUGUGCGCUGGUUUGGGUGUGUGUGUGUGUGUGUGUUUGUGUCUCCCAUUGUUGACUAGCUGUUGUAAAUCCAAGCCUUACCUACGCUUCAUUUUGCCGUUUGAUGAUAAUUGACACAGGUCGCUAAUCGAAUUUUAAAUGUAGUACUGUUCGUUGACAUAACAAUGUUGUCUUCAUGGGAGAAUCCUCAAAUCUCAAACGUUUGUUCAAAAAUGUUUCUUAUAUCAACGCCUUUAGAAUAUUUUUUUUGUUGUCGUUGCAUGAGUGCUUCUACGUUUACGUCUAUGUGGGGAAAAUCAGACGAUUUGCUGGCGUCACGGAUAAACUGCCUGAGCAAAGAAAUGCUCUUUCAGACACUAAACUCUCACGCCAUUCCGACUGUAUGCAGUGGAAAUGUUUCACUUGGUUUUUAUUUCUCAAGCAUUUUGAACUUACAUUUGACUUUCGUGGCUUUUUCAAACGACAAAGUGAUCCUGUUCAUGUGUUAUACAGUACUGUAGCUAUAAGAGGGGGGGGGGGGGGGGGGGGGGGACGGAACAGUGACAGAAGUGCUGACGAAGCAAAUCAAGGUUUUGACUACGUGCACAUUGCUCAACUCAUUUGUGUCUUUCCUUGGGAGAUACUCAGUGAUUUGAUAGUUUGCCAUUUUUUGGCAUUGAUAUCUCGCUCUCAUUUUCUUGUGUAAGAGCUGGACACACUGUCCUUGUUUCACUGGCAGACAGACACUGUGACCUUUCGCAAUGCAAAAUGGCCACUUUCAGUGGGAAAAUCUGCUUGUGGGCAGAGUUGUUGCUAUUGAGAGAGGAAUAUCAAGGUUAACUCAUGAAUUGAGCAAGAAGGGUUGACCUGUAAAAAAUAUAUAAAUAACUAGGACAAAGUUUAUUCCUGGUCAGGAAAAAACAACUCCUGGUGAAAUAUGGUUAAUCGGUGAAGGAAGUUUCUAUAACAGAGCAGCUAUCGGUAAGUGUGUGUCCGAUGUUUUCAGAACACAAUACAAUUACAGACGAAUACAGAUUAAGGCUGGCUUUCUAAGGUGUUGAAAUGUAACGCGUAUUUGUUUGGAUCAUUAAACAUACCCGCAUCCAUUGCAAGGAAUAUUUAGAUGCUAUUUGUUUUGGUUUGCUUGCAUAGGCUUUGACAUAACAUACAAUUCACCAGCCCUGUUUUAAAAGCAUUGAUCUUUUUUCAAAAUCUCUGAAAAUGUUUCUUCAUUCAGAAAUCAUAAAGAGUAGCUACAUCGCUGUUUUAGAAACAAGGGUAAGACAGUUUUGAACAGGUGUGUGUUAGAAAUGACAAGAGGAGCUCUUCGACUAAAGGUUAGCCUAUCUCAGGCUGAAGUGCAGUAAUCACACAGGACCAGCAUGCUUAACCCGAACCAACCAGUUUAACCACUGCUCUCGUUCAAAAACACUUUAUUUGACUGCCCUUUGAAUGUGUCUGGUGGAUAUUUACAUAUUUUUUCUAGAACAGGAAGAAUAUUCCCUGGGGGUGUUUCACUACAGUCUGAAUGGCUAUAAUGUGGCUAUAGUCUCUUAGUGUGACAUUUUUAAAUGAUUGAAAGAGGACUUUCUCCAUAUUGAGUGUUGGUAUUUGUUGUGUGCUAAACGACUGAUGACCGAUAUUAAAGUUAUUUUAAUUGUUUUUUUUCCUUGUGACAGUUGUACCACUUUGGGGGAAAGGAGGGACACCAUAUGGCUUCCUUCUCCAUGUCUCUUUUUCUUUCUGGUCUUGACACUCUAGCUAAGAGUAGAGUCAAAUAUGGAUCUCUAUGCAGUAUAGGGCUCUGGUUAAAAGUUUUAUGAUAGAAAUGUUGCUCUUGCCUAACAGACCAGUGAUUACACAUGGAAGGAGACCAGGACAGGGGUUAAUUGGAAGGCAUUGGGACUCCCAAACCAAGCACCUACCUGCUAAAUACCAAGUGUAAAUCUGAAAAUAAUGUAUAGGUCUGAGCAAUAUAGUGAAAAUUCUACCAGAAGGUACCUCUCUAGUUCUUUCAGAUCUAUGUGAAGUGCCUAGGGGUAUGGGCUAGGGGUCAAUUUGGGAUGGGCAAGAGUUUGACCUGAGUCCUUCCAGGUCAGCUCCAAGGGACUGAACUCUGACCUCUAUGGAAUGCUGGGAAAACGGGACCGAAUGUAAGUUCAAAAUGAACUGGAUCUUGUGUACUGUAAAUACUGAGAAUAUCAUUAAUGUGGUUUCUUUCUUUUAUUCAGGAUAUAGUUUUACCCCACUUCUUAUGCUUUAGACUUUAAAAUUGUAUUGCAUUUUCUUAUUUUUUGACCAUGUUUUGUAAUAUUGUUUGCACUAAAUAAUAACAAAAUAAACUUGAAUCUAAAAGA